AUGUAUCUGCCUAGGAUUAGUUUUAUAGCUUCAAAAACAGCCACAAGGUUCUUUUAUCAACCUCAGUUCUUAGUAUCAACUACGCAUCUUUACAGGGGUUUAGCCACCAAAUCAAAGGAUGAUGUAUCGUUAAGAAUUAAAGUGGAACCUAUCAAGAGACACAAUGAACCGCUAGAUCGUAAAAGAGCUCGUCUGAUUUAUCAAUCAAGGAAAAGAGGUAUAUUGGAAACUGAUCUCUUAUUAGGUGGUUUUGCUGCUAAAUACUUGAAAGAAAUGACUCCGGAACAAUUGGCAGAAUAUGAUUCGUUGUUAGACGAAUUGGAUUGGGAUAUCUACUACUGGGCUACCAAGAACUACGAAACGAGCCCAAUUCCUGAAAAGUGGAAGAAUUCAGAAUUAAUGAAGAAGCUUCAAGUUUACGCUGAAAACAAAGAUAAGAAAAUUCUUCGUAUGCCUGAUCUAAAGGAGUACCAGUAA